AUGGUUUCUAUUUCUAAAACAUUUUUACCAUUAAACACACAAGGAGGAAAUAACCAAAUGCCUGUAAUCGGAUUUGGUACAUACACAAUUAGCGAUGAAAAAAUAAUAUUGAAUGUCUUGGAUGUGGCACUUGGCGCUGGCUAUCGUCUAAUUGAUACAGCAGCAGUGUAUAACAAUGAGCAAUAUAUCAAAGAAGCACUUAAAGUGUUAUUACCAAAGUAUCAUCUGAAGCGUGAAGAUUUGUUUAUUACAUCAAAAUUAGCUCCCAAAGACCAUGGAGAUGAGAAGCAAGUAACAGCUGCUGUGCAAAGGUCAUUGGAUAAUCUAGGUACCAGUUACUUGGAUUUAUAUUUAAUACACUGGCCAGGAGCUGGGCGUAUUGAUGCAAAGAGUCCUGAAAAUUCUAAGCUUCGUAACUUAACUUGGAAGACUCUUAUGAAGUUGCAUGACAAUGGCAAUGGUUCACUUAAGAAUAUUGGGGUAUCUAAUUAUACCGUAAAACAUAUAAAAGAAAUGCUCGCCGAUCCAACUAAUAUUGUUCCCGCUGUUAAUCAGAGUUAG